CUCCGCAGACCACCGUCUCCCCUCCUUCCCCGCCGCGACUACCUACGCGUCGAGCCAUUCGCUCAGCCCGUUGCAGCGAGCAGCUCGCUACUCUCGAGGACGUUGUGUCCUCUCUUUUGGACUUGAGCAUGCUCCACGCUCGUCAGGAGCGACUCGCCCUCCAUGUCGCUGCACUGCGUCGCCUUCUCACCAUCCUCUCAGACCCUGAUCGCACCCUCCCGAUCAUCCCAGUACGACUCGGGACCUCCACGAGGGUGUACUCAGCGUUGUGGGAUUCCGGUUCUCAGGGCGACUUCAUUCACCCACGCGUGGUGAAAGAAGUCCGCUUACCCACGACAGGGUCUCCAACUCCCAUCUCCGUUACCCUAGGGGAUGACAAGACCCAGCGCUUCUUCGAUCAGACGGUCACCAACCUCCCUUUCUUGCUCACUCUCGAGCUGACUGAUCGUUCCCCGGAGUCUCGUCGUCACCGCUCCUCCGCACAUUUUGAUGUGAUGGAGAUGGGGUACGACUUCAUUCUCGGCAGUCCGUGGUCUCGUCGGUUCCGCAGCACCGAGACCGAUUGGGCGACUAACACUCUCGUUCUUAAAACGAAGUGUGGACAGACGUAUCGCGUACCUUUCAUAGGUACCACUACGACACCACGCCCCAAUCCUCCUCCCCCGGAGCCUUCCGUGCCCACACCAUCUCCUUCUAUCAUUGUCACCUCGCCUCGACAGUUCGCCCACUUCAUCCGACAGGACGACGUUGCCUUCUUUAUGGUGAACGUGGCGGAUCUCUUACACUAUGAUCCACCCUGUCUCGACGCCGAGCUCAUCCCUCUAGAGUCAGAUCCUCCUUCUAUCUCCAUGACUCCCAUCUCUACUUCCGUCCCUCCGCCGUUCGUCGAGUCCACCCCGCCGUCGCGCGCUGACGCUGACGCUGAGGAACUCGCACGAUAUACGGCUGACCUGGAGCCCGCAGUUUGUGACCUCAUCCGAGAGUACCACGACAUUUUUCCAUCGUCGUUCUCGUAUGCCGGCAUCCCACCGAUGCGUGACGUCGAGCACUCCAUUCAGCUUGUGUCUGACUAUCGUGUUCACCACCAGGCACCCUACAGACUCUCGAUCCCCGAGGCCACCGAACUCAAGCGUCAACUUGAGGAGCUCCUGAGACUGGGUUUCAUUAAACCCAGCAACUCCCCGUGGGGUGCACCCGUCCUCUUUGCUCGCAAAGCGGAUGGAACUCUUCGUCUCUGCAUCGACUACCGCGGUCUCAACCGCCACACGGUCAAAAACCGCUACCCUAUGCCUCGUUCCGAUGAGCUGUUCGACCGCCUAGCAGGCAACCGCUUCUUUACGAAGAUUGAUCUUCGUAGCGGUUACCAUAAGAUCCGCGUUGCUGCAGCCGACCAGCCGAAGACCGCGUUCCGAUCGCACUUCGGCCACUACGAGUUCACAGUGAUGUCAUUCGGCCUCACCAACGCACCCGCUACCUUUCAGAGGGCGAUGAACGACAUCUUCAGGGACAUCCUGGAGCAGUACGUUCUCGUCUACCUCGACGAUAUCCUGGUCUACAGUCGUACCCUUGAGGAGCACCUCAGACACCUUCGCGACGUCCUUGACCGCUUGCGCAGACAUGGCUUCUACGCCAAGCUGAGCAAGUGGCGCUUUGCCCAACACAAAGUGGAUUUCUUAGGACACUACGUGUCUAACCAGGGUCUCCACAUGGACGACGCGAAGAUCACUGCUAUUGCGGAGUGGCCCGCCCCCACAUCCGCCAAGCAGCUUCGCAGCUUCCUAGGCCUAACCAGCUACUAUAGUAAUUUCAUCUGGGGAUACGCUAGGCAUUCCUACGUCCUUACCUCCACCCUCCUCCGGAAGAACCCACCAUGGGGUUGGACACCCCUCCACGAGGACGGCUUCCGCGCCCUCAAGAAGGCGGUGAUAUGUGCACCGGUUCUUCACCUACCCGAUUUCAAUCGCCCUUUUAUCCUUACCACCGAUGCGUCAGACUUUGCUGUAGGAGCAGUGCUUUCUCAGGUCUUCCCCUCCUCUCCUGAUUCCUCUCAUCCUCGUAUCCCUCGCUUCUCACCACCUACCCCUACCACUGCUUCCCGACUGACGCCUACUCGUCCAACUACUGACAAGCCUUCUAUUGUAUUUCUCCUACCAUCGCCGAGGACGGCACUGUCGAGUAUCGCUCAGGUGAUCGUCCGAUAGCCUUCUACUCCCGUCAACUCCUGCCCACCGAGAUAAACUACACCGUUGAUG